AUGGCGCCGUUUAAGUUUGGUAAAAAGCUUGGCAAAGACAAGGCUAAACCAGAUCAGAAAAAACCUGAACCUUCUAGCCCCAUAAACUCGGGUGUACCAGCGAAUUUUACGCGUCCCUCAACGUCGCCACCAGUACAACGAUCCGGUCAAGAAGGGUUUUCUCAGGCUCCAGGGCAAAAUAACCAAAUACCACAAGCGAGAUCUUCCAGAGUACUUCCUCCUGUGGGAUCUUCUCAAUUGAGAAACGUGUCAAGUGCAUCUGCGCUGCAAGCUGCCGAAUUCACUCCCUGGGCCCGUACCAAAUUGGCCAAUACCCCUUUCCCCCGUUACAGACACGUUGCAUCAGCGCAGGUAUCGGAUAUGGGUCAAAUAUUCGUUAUUGGAGGUCUCCACGACCAAUCCGUCUACGGCGACACUUGGAUCAUACAAGCGCGUGGUGAUGGGCACACAUUUGCGGCUAGAACCGUAGAUAUCAGCGAUACAACACCUCCACCACGCGUUGGUCAUGCCGCGACGCUAUGUGGCAAUGCAUUUGUCGUUUUUGGUGGUGACACUCAUAAAGUCAACAGCGAGGGUCUAAUGGACGAUGACAUUUAUUUGUUCAACAUUAAUUCUUACAAAUGGACCAUUCCACAACCAGUUGGACCGCGUCCUUUGGGGCGGUAUGGUCACAAGAUUGCCGUGAUUGCCACCACGCAAAUGAAGACCAAACUUUACGUUUUUGGAGGCCAAUUCGAUGACACUUAUUUCAAUGAUUUGGCGGUGUUUGACCUGUCUUCGUUCAGAAGACCCAAUUCGCAAUGGCAAUUUAUUAAACCCAACAGUCUAACUCCGCCACCACUAACGAACCACGUCAUGGUCGCGUAUGAUUAUAAACUAUGGGUAUUUGGAGGUGAUACGCACCAGGGGCUCAUCAAUGACGUUUACGUCUUCGAUCCCAAUUUGAACAAUUGGCAACAUAUUGAAACCGCUGGUGAAAAGCCUCCACCCGUCCAGGAACAUUCUGCCGUUUUGCUCGGCGAGUUGAUGUGCGUCAUGGGCGGUAAAGACGAACAAGACAGUUAUCUCAACUGUGUUUACUUCUUGAACUUAAGGACUUGGAAAUGGUUCAAACUUCCGCAUUUCAAAGUUGGAAUUCCGCAAGGUCGCUCGGGCCAUUCCUUGACAGUGCUGGGUAACAAAAAGAUCCUUGUCAUGGGCGGUGACAAGUUUGAUUAUGCCAAGAUAGCUCCUGAUGAUAUGCAUACGUCAAAUACUGACACUGGGUGUGGAACAAUACUCUACACUCUUGACCUUUCAAACCUCAAAGAACUGUGUCCAGGCAUUUACGAAGGUGCCACGGCAGAUGCUUCUUCCAGAUCUGCUAAACGUCAGGAUAUUGCGGAAAACCAAAACAUUUUGACUCCCAACCCAGAGAGGUAUACGACUCCAAAGACUCAUCAGGAUGAGUUUUCCAAACGAUCUGUUUCUGGAGGAGAAGAACCCACUACUCCACGCAACCAGCCCGACUUUCAUGGUGCAGCCGAUCAACUCACGCAAGAAAUUAAGAAGCCCGUUUCUCCAAUUCCAAAGCUUUCCGAUGUCAAUUUAGCAGCGAAAAGCCCUCCACCAAGAGUAAUAUCACUCUCUUCAAACAAUGAUUCUGAGCAACCCUCAUAUCAGGAAGAUCAUGACGAGACUGAUCAGAGUAUUGCUGUACCGCAAAACUUAACGUUUAAACAUCAAGUAGCAAAUACCAAAGUGAUUGAAAAGACACCAAAUGAUGAGAUCGUGGAAACUAGCAGUCCAGCUGCGGCAACCUCUUCACCACAAGCAACCAUAGAAAACAUCAACGAAUCGAUCACGCCUGGUCCUUAUAAGAGGGCUGAUAUGUUAUAUCCACAGGAACAGAAUUCCAAAUUACUUUUGAAAGCGACCAUUGACGAACUGAAGCAAGAAUUGCAAAAUUUAAAGGCAGAGGCAGAGACCAAAGCCGUUUCGGCAAGUAAUCGCAUAAAGGAACUAGAGUCAGAGAACGCAGCUCUUCGAUCUGAGGAAAAUGCGUCUAGCAAGCAUACAUUGCAAACCAAUUACGAUAUGGUGGUUGCAGACAAGACUGAGAGCAAAAGCCGAAUCUCGGAGCUCGAGGGACUUCUCUCUAACAAGUUCGUCGAUGUCGCUCGUCUUCACGAUAUCAUCAAGGCUCAAAGCGCAAAACUUGAAGAGUAUGAUGAUAAUGAAAGUCUGAAGGCUCGAUAUGAUUCUUUGAAACACAAUUACGAACUUUUACAGAAAGAAAUGGAGAGUUCAAGAACCGCACAAGUGGAAGAAAACCGUCUUUUCCGUUCAGAGUUGAAGACUUACACUGCUGGGCUGGGUGAACUCCUAGGUUACUGGAAAGAGAACGGUCUGCCAAGCUCUGCGUCGAGAGAAGCCGAGGAGAGCCGUGAAAAGUUGGUAUCCAACCUGACAUCGAAAAUCGAUACGCUUAUGGGCGAAAAGAAAGAGUUACAAGCAACGUUAGAGAAAAUGGAAACGGAUCGCGGGAACUUGGCCGCUGACCACACGAAGCUGGAAGAACAUUACAAAAACAGUUUGAACUCUGUGGAUAACGCUAAUCGCGCGUUGGCAGUCUGUCAGGAAGAACUUCACAAAAUGAAACAAGAGAAGAAACGCUUGGCCGAUGAGCUCGAAGAAUGGCGAUACAAGAAUGUUCAGCGUGCCGAUACGAGUCUCACUUCCAAUGACGACUCCGUUGGAAACACCAGCGUCACUGGCACACCAGAUCCUAAUAGCGAGAUGCGUGACGCUCCAUGGCGUCUCAAGAUCAAAGAUCUUAAGGCCGAACUGUUCAUUAUCAAGCAAGAACGUGACUCCCUGAAGGACGAUGUGUUGGAGUUGAAGAAAAAGCUCCUGAACCUGGACAACGAUGAUUAUUGA